AUGAACGCCCGCGGAGCUCCUGUCUUCAGUCCUUCAGCCGCCAGAACCCAUGGUCCAGCCGCAGGUACUGCAGCACCAACGGACGAUCGGAACCUACAACAGCUUCUCGAGGAAUUCGUGGAAUUGUUCGAGCCCGGAUUUGGGACAGUGCACGGCCCAAAGCUUGACAUUCCUCGGCAGACAGCCGACCUGGGGAUGAUUUCCUACGACGCCACUCCGACGUGCGAUGUAUACGACAGUACCGCAUCGGAGUCGUGUUUGGGCUAUGAGGACGAGCAGGCGGCCAUGUCCGAGGACGAAGACGGCGCCUUUGACGAGACGGGGCGGAUCUGCAACACCGACUGGUGCCAGUGCGGAUGUUGCGCGCAGAUGCCGACAGCUGACGAGUGCGUCUGCUGCCGCGAGUACCCCACCACCGCGUCGAGGCAACCUGGCUGCCCAACAAGCAACCCGGAUUUCGAGACGGUGUGCUUGAAUCCGGAGGUGCUCGAGGUCGCCUACCUCAUGAUGCGCCACUACCGCCAGGACGGAAUGGGCACAGCAGCGCACGAGUGA